AUGGAACCAGAGCCGUCCCUUGCCGCUCUCCUCAAGGCUAUCACAGCCCUUACAGCCACAGUUGGGUCCCUAAAGGACCAGAUCAGAUCCCAAGACCAACAGCUUGUUGAGCUCAAAGCCAUAUGCAAGGAGACCGCUGACCUCAUUGGCAAUAAAGACCAAGGAGCCCCUCAAGCCAAGCCUGGCCCAUUGGCUGGGCCUGUCACUCACCCAACCCACACAGGGGGAGAAACCCACACUCCAGGCACAGUUAGGCCUGGACUCAAAGCCCUGUUCCACCCAUCCAGAGGCACAGGUUUUGACUCAGAAGAGGAAGAAGGACCAAGGCACGCCCCCAAAAAAGAGCCUCAAGGAAUGCCUAAAAGGAGCCUCAGCUCCCUUACCCCCUUCAACUCAGGGUCCAGUGUAAAACAACCCAAGAUGGAGCUCCCCAACCCAUACAAGGGAGAUACCAGGGGGCAAAAAGCAACUCAAUGGCUGGACUGCAUGCUCUUGUGGGUAGCCCUGCACAGGGACCAGUUUGACAAAGAGGAGCAGAUGGUUGUGUGGAUCUUAUACCACAUGACAGACAAGGCAGCCAAUUGGGUGCUUCCCCUCAUUGGGGCUAUCAUCAAGGGAGAGGGGAACCCUCCAACUACCAUCCUGGCCUUAACAGCUAAAUUCAAGGAGGCCUUUGCCAACCCCAAUGCCAAGAGGGCAGCUGCAAGAAAGAUUGCUGCGUUGACUCAGACAACCACCACAUUGGAGUAUGUGACCAAAUUCCGCAACCUAAUGGCGGAACUAGAUUGGAAUGAGGUGUUCAUUGCGCAAUUCACCUGCAGUCUUCACUGGAAGGUAAAGAAGCUCCUGUCUACCAAGGACAAUAUUCCCAACAACAAUCUUGAGGCCAUAUUUGCUGCCUCAAUCAAAAUUGACAACACUUGUUGGGAAAACAAGGAGAACCGUCCUAAGAAGCAACCAACCAAAACCCCAGCUACCAUAGCCACCACAUCCACUACCACAAGGGUCCAUUUAUCAGAAGACCCCAACUACGUUACACCGGAGGAAAGGGAUUGCUGCUGCGCCUCUGGACUUGGUGUCAAAUGUGGACAAAAGGGACACGGUACCAAGCAAUGUCCCAAUGGUUGGAAGGCUACAAUCAAGGAGGAAGCCAAAGUAGCUGAGAAUGAAUCAGGAAAAGAAUGA